UUGGGACGCAACCCGAGAUUUGCUCUGCCGCCAGCGGAAACGCUACCAUGGUCUGUUGCAGGCAGCUUCACGCUGCUCGUUAGCGUUACCAGGCUGUAGUGUCGGAGGGCUCGCAGCGGAAAAUGGCUUCGUCCUUUUGGAAAGGCGUUGUUGGUUUGGGCCUGUUGGCUCUGGCUCAUGCAGCUUUCUCUGCAGCACAGCAUCGAUCGUACAUGCGACUAACAGAAAAAGAGAAUGAAACUCUUCCAAUAGAUAUAGUUCUACAGACAUUGUUAGCAUUUGUAGUUACAUGUUGUGGAAUAGUCCAUAUCUCGGGUGAAUUUAAAGACAUGGAUGCUUCUUCAGAGCUCAAACACAAGACAUUUGACACUUUGAGAAACCACCCGUGUUUUUAUCUGUUUAAUCACCGAGGCAGGGUACUGUUCAGCUCAUCCGAGCAAGAGGCCCCUACUGCGACUUCUCAGGCUUUGCCACCCAAUCCCCUGCGAUUACGCAAACUGGAAAACUUUCAAUGAGACUAGCCUUGAAAGAGGGUUGCCUUGCCCGUUUUACCCACGUUUCUUUCUUUGCAUCAAUAAGCUCCUCAGUUGAAAAGAGCUGAUUAACCAAUUUUACUUUAACUCCUCUUUGUGCACAUGUGAAUAUGCUCUACAAAUCUGCAGCUUUUCCUCAACAUGGUUACUACUUUGAGUACUCUGGACUGUGCCAACUCCUUAUUUUUUUUCAGCUGAAACAUUUGUAAAUAUUUGUUCAUGUUUGGGAGUCUUAAACAUCCAUAACAUACACUGUAUUCUGUCAGAUGGCACACAAAGGAGGGGAGUGCCAUCUUUCUGUAUCACAAUGGGUGCAGAUUCUCUCCCUUUAGUAUGCCACAUUUUUUGCUUUGUUUUUAUGCAUUCUUUUCCAUGCCCUUUUUUGGAGGAGGCCACUACUAUGGACCAUAAUUGUACAUGUGUUCAGAUAUGUUAUUUAUGACUGACGGACUACAAAAAAGAGUUUGGUAUGCAAAUAAUGUAAAGACUAGUGUAGUCACUAAAAUGAUGCCUGGUCAGGGAAAUGAGGGGGAAAAAGAGAUCUAACAACAAUGCUAACAAUACUGUGAAUGCGCUGUGGGAAAUCAGUGGUACACUUUUAUUUUAAAUGUUGUUGUUUUUUUGGGAAGGUGGGUGAGGGGUGGCAUUUUUCAUUUUGUUUGUUAUGAUGCAUCUGAUUUUUUUUUUUUUUUUUGAAAAUAAAAUCAAAGAUUUUAUUGAUGAACAAUCAUUUA